AUGUCGAGAUCGUUCACCGGCUGCACAAGAUGUAAAGCGCGGCGCCAGAAAUGUGACGAGCAAAGACCGAUAUGCGGGCGCUGCCAGACCGCCGGCGUCCAGUGCAAGUAUGCCAUGCAGCUGCAGUGGGGUGGGCGGGCGUUCUCGCGAUCGCGAUUUGGCGCCUGCGUGGACACGGGGAACAUGCAGAGACUGGAAUACUCACCAGGAGAGUUCAUCUAUACCACCAAGUCAGCGCAAGCACAGGCAGGCUCAGACUUAACCUUAGCGCAACCCGUCGAUCCUUUCUCGUCCCUGUCAUCCGACCAAAAAGCGCUACUACAUCAUUUCAUCAACGAUGCGUCUCAAAUUACCGCAUGCCACUCGGGCAUGCAGCAGGAUAUCUGCCGCAUGAUCGUGCCUAUGGCCCUUCAAACCCCAUCCUUACUCUACGCCACCACUGCCCUGUCCGCAAUUCAUAUCCAGGCUCUACACAAUCAGUCAGAAAGCGUAAAAUCCGCGCCAGAUAUCGCGCGGCUGAUGGCUCUCAGCCUUGAACAUUUUCGGAAAGAGCUACAGAACCCAUCUUCGACGGACUCGGAGGCGCUGGUGGCGACCGCUCGAACUCUCUGUUUGGCAGAGAUUCACUCCGGAGCGAUCCAUCCCAACUCAUGGCGAGCACAUAUUGAGGGUGCACGGGCCUUGAUGAAGGCAUCGGGUACUACAGGGGAGAACUCGCUUCGGACAGAGAGCGGCUUCCGCCGGUAUCUGGACCGCUGGUACUGGUCGAUCGUGUCGCUUACAGCGUUGACGGGGAACGGGCCUCCCAUUGGGGACAUCUCGGACUUUGCGCCGUCGGACUUGGCAGGGCAAAGAGGGUCACCGGACUAUCUGGAUGACUACUGGGGGUUCACGGUAGACCUGGCAGCUGUCUUCCGGCAGAUAGGCGCUGCCGCCUGGCGCAGCCAUCAGGCCGAGAGAGAAAGCCAGGGCUUUGUUGCCGGUGAAAUUGAUAGCAACGCUGAGGAUGAAGCCGCUGCGCUCGAAUCCUCUAUACGAGAACUCAUGGACCGAGGCGCGACUUCCCAGCCCUCAUUCUAUCCCGGAGUUGCAGAAGGGCUGUCUGCAGAUAGCGUGCAGCAUCUCGCUCUCUGCAACGAGGCAUUCCAGCACAGCGCUCUAAUUCAGAUCAACAGGCGACUGCGGAAAACACCGACUACAUCAGCUCUCGUACAACAGUCGGUGCAGCGGAUUUUGGAGUGUACGGCGCAGAUUGGACCCUCGGCUGGUCUGAGCCCCUGGGUCAUGUUGACAACUCCACUCUUCAUUGCAGGCUGUGAGGCACGCGGCGAAGAUCGUGACACAGUGCGGCAGCUCCUGGCCUUAUUGCAUGACACUAUUCGGGUGCCGAAUGUGUUGCAGUCUUUGAAGUUUCUCGAGCUGUACUGGGCAAAUCAACUCAGCGAGGGGGAGGAUUGGAGUCAUUUCCUCGACCGUAUGAAGUUCGACUUCAUUCCGUACUAA